AUGUUCAAAAAAUUUGACGAGAAAGAAAAUGUGUCCAAUUGCAUCCAGCUGAAAACGUCAGUGAUCAAAGGAAUCAAGAAUCAGCUUUUGGAACAGUUUCCAGACAUAGAAUCAUCACUCAAUCACAUAAUGCCGAAAAAGGAUCCUGUCAAAAUAGUGAGAUGUCAUGAACAUAUUGAAAUUUUGACAGUCAAUGGGGAAUUGCUUUUCUUCAGACAAAGGGAAGGGACUUUUUAUCCCACACUCCGACUGUUGCAUAAAUAUCCAUUUAUUCUCCCUCACCAGCAAGUAGACAAAGGGGCAAUCAAGUUUGUCCUUAGUGGAGCUAACAUCAUGUGUCCUGGCCUUACCUCACCUGGGGCUAAACUUUAUCCGGCUGAUUCUGACACAGUAGUUGCUAUUAUGGCUGAAGGUAAACAACAUGCACUCUGUGUUGGUGUCAUGAAGAUGUCUGCUGAAAACAUAGAAAAAGUCAACAAAGGAAUUGGAAUUGAGAAUGUCCAUUAUUUGAAUGAUGGCUUAUGGCACAUGAAGACGUAUAAAUGA